UGUAUUACAAGAGAGACGAGACCCUAUAGCGCCGCGGCGUGCUCCGUAUGCUGUUAAACGAGUGUAGUAGAGAAUACGCGACAAAGAUAGAAUGAGUAGUAGUGAACCCAAUACGAGAAAAACAACAAGGCCACGCCAUAUUGAAUCAGUUGUUAAUUUUUGCGUGUAAGUUUCUUCCUCGGUUAUUAACGCUCAUAGAUUAUAAGUAUUCGAGUUGAUGUAAUUUUUUCAAUCAAUUUUACUCGCGUUCGGUCGCCGAGACCAUUGGUGUUAUUAAAUUCGCAUUUUAGCCAAUAACUGUUCGAUGAUUUGUAUAAAAUGUAAUUAACACCUUGUGUGUGUGUCGGUUCCUUUGAAAUCGAUUUGUCUGACAGUCGACCAAUUUAAACGUCCUUGAUUGACCCCCAAGGUAUACAAUUGAUAUUUCACUGAUUUGAUAAUUACUUCGAAUGGAGGUUGAUGAUGAUUCGUUUAUCGUUGAUCUCAGUAUUUCAAGCCGAAGACCCGAUUCUUCCGGAUCAUCGCAGCAAUCGCACAGCAAUAAACGAAGUCCGUCCCCUAGCAUGGGGCAAUACAACAACACCAAACGUAGUCUACGUCCUAGAACCGAAGUGAAAAAUUACGUGGAAACUACAGACAUAGUUGUGGUUUCCGAUACGGACGAAUAUAAGCAAAAUGGUUACAUGAACGGAUACGAUUAUUCGGAUAGCGAUGAAGGAGAAUUGCCACCAUUACCCCCGAUUAAAGAACUAUCAGCCGCUGAAAGGAUGGAAGCAGAGAAGAAAAUAAGAUUGUUGAAAGACGAAUUGCGAAAUGAGGAGAUGAAAUUGGUAUUGCUCAAAAAACUACGACAAUCUCAGCAAAUGAAAGAGAACAUUUCGAUCGUACCGAUUCCUAAUACCAAUAUCGGCCAGCCUGUUCCACCUACGCAUAAUCUUUCGAAUAAACUACCCCCCAACAAUGCAGCUCAUAGGUCAUCUUCUGUGCAUCAUAGUAAACCCCCAUCCGCACCUCCUGUGCCUCCUUUACUUAGAGGAGUAAGUCCAAAACAAUUAAUACCACCCAAUAGACCAAACGUCCAUCAUGCUCCGCCACCUUUAUCACCGGUUGUCAAUAACCAUCAAAAUAGUCGAAGCGUUGCCCCAGGAAUGCCGCCGAAUAUGUUCGCGGUUAAUUCAGUUCCAGGACAUAGAGGGAGUAGCAGUUCGAGCAGCGGUAGCCAUUUAAAUAGUGGAAUGAUGAGUGGUAAUUCGGGUGUGGUGAAUAGUGGUAGCGGCCGAAAUGUGGCUUCUAUGUCCAAUUCCGUUAAUAGUUCUAGUUACCAAAAUAGUAUUAGUCUGCAAGAUCGAAUCAAAGAUGUACCUCAGUCAACAGUCAUUUCAUCAGUGUCUCCGUCAUCGGCUGCAUUCAGUAUUUCGACCGGAACUACGCAGCAGGAUCGCAGAAAUGAAGACGCUCAAACACCAGCACAACGACAAGCAGCGGCCAAGUUAGCCUUAAGGAAGCAAUUAGAGAAAACUUUAUUACAAAUUCCUCCUCCUAAGCCUCCUCCACCAGAGAUGCAUUUCAUUCCAAAUCCAUCUAAUACCGAGUUCAUAUAUUUACUUGGUUUAGAGCAUGUUGUCGAUUACAUUACGAAAGAUCAAAAGACUCCUUCACCGCCAGAACCUUUCCAAUGUUCGCAAUGUAAUACGAGUUUCACACCUAUUUGGAAGUGGGAGAAAAAUGCUGCAAAAGGUAAAGAACCGAAAGUAAUAUGCGAAGCUUGCGUCACGUCGAACGUGAAGAAAGCUCUAAAAGCCGAACAUACGAACCGGUUAAAGACGGCGUUCGUGAAAGCCCUUCAGCAAGAACAGGAAAUAGAGCAACGUCUAGCGCAAGUAUCCCCACAACCGAUGGAACCGCCGGUAAUACAGUCAACGUCGCAAUCGCAACAGUCGCAUCGUCAAUCGCCGCAGUCGUCCCAGUCUGCGAUUUCAUCUACCUCUCAAUCGUUAUCGGCUAGCUCGAUGCAGGCGGCGAUGCUGCAUAAUUCGAUUUCGGCUCCGGCACCGCCACCGCCGCCGCCUCCGAAUCCGAAAUCAUCGCAUUCGUCGCAUUCAUCGCAUUCGUCGAUGUCGCGACAUAAUCCAACUCCACCGAUUCCGCAGCCGUCUCCUACACCACCCAGAGACCAUCCGUUGGCCAAACUGGCCUCAGAAAGUAAUAAAUUCAGUCCGCAUCAUGCGGCAGCCGCGUUACACCAACAAUUAUUACGCGGAUUACCUUCGCACCAGCCGUUGCCGGCGCACAUGAUUCCAUUCUCACCGCUGCUGUAUCCGUACCAGUUAGCCAUGGCACAAGCUGCGAAUAGUAAAAAUCCAAUGGCGGCAGCCGCCAGUUUAGCUGAAUUGCAAAGGCAAGCGGCCGACUUACAAAGGCAAUAUUUAUUGGAUAUGAUUCCAGCGGCGUCUGCCAACGCCAAUUCUCGACAACAUUCGCAUUCGCAUUCUAUUAAUAAUUGGAAGUCGUGAUAGCGUACUUCGGGCCACCGUGAAUUGUUGUAACUGAUGAUCUAUAUUUAUACGGAAUCGCGGUCGGUGAAGUUUUUUUCAAAUUGAGAGUAAUCCAAAUGUGAUAUUUUGCGCCGAGUUUUCAUCAACGAUUGGAGCAUCGAAGUGCGGCGAUGACGUAAUGUUUCGAUUGGAUGAUUUCUGCUCUCAAUGCGAACGUGUUACAUCGAAGUAUCGCUUCGUUUUUUUCUUCUUUUUAUAAAUUUACGUUAUUAUUUUUAAAAAUAGAGAAUAAUUGUGUUUCAAUGAUCGCUUUCGAUAUACCCUAUUCCCCCCUUUUUUUUAUCGCCGUUGUCCAAGUGUCCGGUUUUAUUUGAUAUUUCGCGUUGGAAACGCGUUCACGUUGUUAUCUUCUACUUGACAUUUUUUCUAUUUCAUGAUCUUUUUGAUGAUAUGGAUUUUAUAUUUCGUAGACGAGUAAAAAAUUGAUUAAAAAUUACAACUGAAAAAAAAACGUGACAACUUGAAGAUCUCAAAAGUUUUGACCGAGUUAUUUUCUGCUUUCAUCCGUAAAACUAAAUUCAAUAUCAUUGUGAUAUUUAUAGUUUUAAGAAAAAUACGUAAUGAAACGUUACGCUCGCAAAUCACGUUAAUAGGUUUUUUUUCUUUUUAGUUAUUUUGAUGUGUAUAUUAUAUUUCUGUACAAAUAUCUUUUUUGUUUAUUUUUGUUGAUAGUUGCAUGAUUACUGUCUAGCUGUAAUCUUGCCCUGCGAAACAAUGCUUCGACCUGUGAAUUUGAUUGUUGACGUUUUAUGUGUCAUUAUUCAAGUUCGUUCGAGUGCUCUCUUCUGAAAAAAGUUGAAUUUAUAACAAAUUUGUAAAAUUCAGGAGCCUUUUUACCGGUCGAGUUGUAAAAUUCUUCGGUCAUGUGAGCGAAAUUUCACUUCGGUCACACGUUUCUUUAGUUGAUUCGAAAACUGGUAAUUUUAAGGCACUCGAUAAUAAUAAAUUAGAAAAUUAUGUAAUUAUCAUUUUUUUCAUAGUUGAUAGCAUCCGAACGAACUCGUGUAAAUAAUUCCAACUACCCCUGCAUUUUUGAACAAUGAAUUUAUUUCUAAACGAGGAAAAUUGUUCGCUAAUCGGUUGUGAUUUUAGGUUGCUUUACAUCCCGCAUUUAUGACGAUUUAUCGUAUAUUUAUUGCUCAAAAAGUGAACUGGUUUCGUUAAGCAGCGUACGUUAUUCCUUGAUUUUGGAAAAGUUGCUAUUCUUGAUUUAGUCAAUGAAUAAUAUUAUUACAAUAAAAGAUGUUCUUAAUCAAGUCGAGCGAUUUUCAAAUAGAUUAUUUCACGAUUGCAAAUUUCAUCUUAAUUUAUUAUGGCGUGGUGAAUUUUGGAAAAGAUUUUAUAAAAUCGAUCUCCGACAUCAACUUUUUUGCCUGAAUUUUAGUGUUGAAUACAGUUGAUUUGUCCUGCGUGUUGAUUUUUUGCAUUAUAUCCUAUUACUCUACUGUUAAGAACGAUUUCUUUUUUGUAAGCUAGUAUAUUUUGUUGCCAACAUUUUAAUGUAUUUUUUUUUUUUUUUUUUAAAUGAAAUAUUUUAAAAAGUACGAAUGUUGUUAAUAGACAAGUGUAUGUAAAAGAAGUACAUUAGUUAUUUUUAUUUUUGUCGUAUAAUUUUGUUUAAAUAAAUGAAUUUGCGUGGUCA